GAAGUUUUUCCGGCGCCUACCAAUGACGUAGAAGCCCGUGGUUGGCAGAGUCGUGUAAUCGCGAGAACGGAAGUGACGCCUAAGGUUUGUUCCACAUUCGCAUGCUAGGUUCCCUACCUGGCGGGAGGCAUGGCUGAGCCGGCUGGUGGUUUCGUGACUUCUGCGGCGUGGUUUCCAGCAUCCGAAGGGACCCCCACGUUGGGGCCUCUGAGCGACACUGCCGCACCGCGGGACAACUGGAUGCUCUGGGCAAUGCUGCCGCCGCCACCACCACCGCCUUCGUCGUCGCCUCCCGUAGCAGGGUCACAGCCUUCCUCAGAGGAGCAGCCCCCCCAGGAGGCCCAGGCUCUCCCCGAGGCGCCUCCUCCCUUCGACGCCCAGAUUCUUCCCGGGGCACAGCCUCCCUUCGACGCCCAGUCCCCCCUUGAUUCUCAGCCUCACCUCAACGGCCAGCCUUCCUGGAAUUUCCAGGCUUCGACAUCAUGGUACUGGAGACAGUCUCCUGGUGUUUUUCCUGGGCAUCAGAACGCUCCGGUUAAACAUCCUUAUUUUCCACGAAAAUAUGAUCCAAAGUUCACUGAUGUCAACUUCCCUCCCAGUAGAAAACAGAAAAAAAAGAAAAGAAAGGAACCAGUUUUUCAUUGUUUUUGUGAUACCUGUGAUCGUGGUUUUAAAAAUCAAGAAAAGUAUGAUAAACACAUGUCUGAACAUAUGAAAUGUCCUGAAGUAGAUUGUUCUUUUAGUGCCCAUGAGAAAAUUGUCCAAUUCCAUUGGAGAAAUAUGCAUGCUCCUGGUAUGAAGAAGAUCAAGUUAGACACUCCAGAGGAGAUUGCAAGAUGGAGGGAAGAAAGAAGGAAGAACUACCCAACUCUGGCCAAUAUCGAAAGAAAGAAAAAGUUAAAACUUGAAAAGGAAAAGAGAGGAGCAGUUUUGACAACGACACAGUAUGGCAAGAUGAAGGGGAUGUCCAGACAUUCACAGAUGGCAAAGAUCAGAAGUCCUGGCAGGCAUCACAAGUGGAAAAAUGACUGUGUUGGACAGAAAGCAGCCAUUAGAUCUGGCAAUUGCUUGCGUGAUUCGAAGCCUGAAGAUCCACCUGAGGCAAAUGCAGACCCUCUGGGUGUUUUGGUAAACACUGAUUCUGAGUCUGAUAAAGAGGAGAAACCACCACGUACUGUUAUACCCAAAGAAGUGACACCAGCCCUGUGCUCACUAAUGAGCAGCUAUGGCAAUCUCUCAGGGUCAGAGAGUGAGCCAGAAGAAGCUCCCAUUAAGACUGAAGCAGACAUUCUGGUGGAGGAUGAGGUUCUUCAUAGCAAUACUCCUAAGAGACCAAGUCCCAAUGCUAAAGUGACUGCUAGAAAGUAUGAGAACCAAAAGAAAAGUUUUAAAAAGACAAACCCUAAGAGAAAAAAAGAUUAUCACAACUAUCAAACGUUGUUUGAACCAAGGACACACCAUCCAUAUCUCCUGGAAAUGCUUUUAGCUCCAGACAUUCGACAUGAAAGAAAUGUGAUUUUGCAGUGUGUUCGGUACAUCAUCAAAAAGGACUUUUUUGGACUUAAUACUAAUUCUCCAAAAACUAAAGAUGUAUAAGUAUUUGAUGUUUCAGCACUCAUGUGAAAUAGUCCCAUCCUAAUGUUAGUGGAGGAAACCUUUUUAAAAAACAAAAAACUGGAUUAGUAAUUAAAUUGUAGACUUCAUGGGAUAUUAUGUUGGAUUUUUUAUUCUUCCUUUUGAAUCUAUGCAAAUAAAUACAUAACUGAUUUUUUAAGACUGUGUCUGUAUUGUUGGGGUUGUGCAUAGUAUUUGUUGGCAGAAUUCUAUUUUUUAUUUAUAUUUAUUUGUAUGUAUUGUUGUCAGGUAAGGAAAUCUGCUCUGGGGACAGUUAAGAAUUGAAGAUUCUGGUUUAGUAGUAAAGAAAAAAGUUUUAAAAAAAUGUUACAUUCAGCUGAGCAAAACUGUAGGUUAGGGAGAGAAGUACAGUCAUUUUGUUUCUAAUGCAGGAGAGCAAGAAUCAUUCUUUAACUGUAGCAAGGGGGAUUAUUAUUAUUUUUUUUAAUUUAAAGAUUUUUAUUUAUUUAACAGAGAGUAAGCAUAAGUAAGCAGAGCGGCAGGCA